AUGUAUUUCAAAGCUUUCUCCAGACCAGGUGGGUGUGAAGCCCUCUUGAGAAAUCAGACCCUUCAGUCCCCCAGUCAGAUCUGCUUUCCGGAGUGCCACCUUGGAGAGAGAGGGUUACCAUGGUAAUCCAAUAUGCAUGGUACAAAAACGAGUGCUGUCUUUAACUGCUUCAUUUAGGGACAAGCGAGCUGAAGUCGUUUACAGAUGAAAAUUGUGAAACUUUGUUAAUUGUCGAAGUGGUGAGGAGAAAGGAGGAGAACUGUACGUGGUCGUCACGCUUGGCUGAAGGGCUGACUGGGUUUGCAGUAGUGGAGGGAGAUAUACUCAAAGGACAAUCUCUCCAUAUGUAUGCACAGUAGAAGAGCUGUGGCGGUCAUGGCAUUUUGGAUGAUGGUAAUUGGCCAGCCAAAUGACCAUGGUCACUGUAAAAACCGUUUGAGUAUCACAUGUUCUCCUCCGCUCCUGACUGCAUGUGCUGCCAUAGAAAUAGAAUGAAUUAUUUAUAUGUGUGCUGCUGCUGCAGGUAGGCGGGCAUUGCUUCGGAAACCUAAGGCUCUUUGCUACAACACCUUGCUUGUUGCAGCAAGGAGAAACAAAGUUUUAUCACGUUGUUAAGAGUCCAUGUUACCGCAGAAAUGGACUCAACUGCACGAAUGCCCAGCCGUCCCACCUUCAGUCAGCUGUUCGUUCCACAAUAUACACUUGUGGUAAACCAUGGGGUGUUGGGUUGAGCGCACAAAGAUGGACACAGAGACAGGGAGGUUCUAGUCAGAAAACACGACUUUACUAUGCAACAAAAAAUAAAAGUAACAACCGUGGAUCUCCGAGAGCUUCGUUCCCCUCUGUCGGCUCACUCCUUGCCUCUCUCUUUCUCUCUCCCGAGGUGUGCCACGGUGCUCCAUUUAUGUGGUCUGCUCGGCUGGUUGGCACUCUCCCCUAAAUACCCGUAAUUGGUGCCCUCAGCGUCGGGGUGCCCAGCCCGGGUACUCCCAGCAGAGGGAGCCAACGUCGCGGCACGUACCUCACCUCUAUCACCAACCCCCGGGGUAGACCUCCCGGGAUACCACACACUAUAUAUAUACUAAAGUGGACACCCCUUCAAAUUAGUGGAUUCUGCUAUUUCAGCCACACCCGUUGCUGACAGGUGUAUAAAAUCGAGCACACAGCCAUGCAAUCUCCAUAGACAAACAUUGGCAGUAGAAUGGCCUUACUGAAGAGCUCAGAGACUUUCAACGUGGCACCAUCGUCAUAGGAUGCCACCUUUCCAACAAGUCAGUUUGUCAAAUUUCUGCCCUGCUGGAGCUGCCCCAGUCAACUCUAAGUACGGUUAUUGUGAAGUGGAAACAUUUAGGAGCAACACUCACUACCGAGUUCCAAACUGCCUCUGGAAGCAACGUCAACACAAUAACUGUUUGUCAGGAGCUUCAUGAAAUGGGUUUCCAUGGCCGAGCAUACGCACACAAGUCUGAAAUCUCCAUGCGCAAUGCCAAGUGUCGGCUAGAGUAGUGUAAAGCUCGCCACCAUUGGACUCUGGAAACGCGUUCUCUGGGAAACGCGUUCUCUGGAGUGAUGAAUCACGCUUCACCAUCUGGCAGUCCGACGGACGAAUCUGGGUUUGGCAAAUGCCAGGAGAACGCUACCUGCCCCAAUGAGUAGUGCCAACUGUAAAAUUUGGUGGAGGAGAAAUAAUGCUCUGGGGGCGUUUUUUCAUGGUUCGAGCUAGGCCCCUUAGUUCCAGUGACAGGAAAGCUUAACGCUACAGCAUACAAUGACAUUCUAGACGAUUCUGUGCUUCCAACUUUGUGGCAACAGUUUGGGGAAGGCCCUUUCCUGUUUCAGCAUGACAACAGUUUUUUUGCUACAGCGCUAAUCUGCUGUACCUGCGCCAAAACUCUGGUAUUUGUCUUCCUAUAGCUUGUUCUGCAUCUUAUUUUUAAAUAGUGAGGUAACAUGUUUUCAGCUAUUUUAUUUCCCUGACUGAUCAAAACUAGUUUUAUCAUGUUCUCUCAUGUUCUCUCAUGUUCUCUCUGCAGCAGACAUACAGUAUAGUGAGCAACAUGUUUGAAACAUCAAAUUGCGAUAAAAUCGCAGUAUCGAAUCACAAUACAUAUAGAAUCGUGAGAAUCAAAAUACAUAUCGUAUCGGCACUUAAGUAUCAUCAUAUUAUCCUAUCGUCAGGUCCCUGGCAAUUCCCAGCCUUACUUUCUAUGAUUUGAAUCUUUUCUAUAAGACUCUCCACCUCCCCUCCCCACUUACCAAGUGAUGCAGUAGCUGUUUAAUACAUUUUGGGAGAAUUGCUUUGCUGUCGGUAUUGUAUGACUGUUGGAUGAGCAAACUGGAUAAAGAGCAUCCUCGCUGGUAUAAUGAUGACCUCUCUUUGUACCCUCUGACCUUUCUGAAUUGGUUCAUCACUUCUCUUCUAUUAUCCAUGAUUGUUUUCGGAAAUAUUUUGAUCUGGAGAAGUUGAAUUGACCCCUGUGUAAUCCAUGAUAUAGGAUUGGAUCCCUUCAUGUCAUGGCUGGCUGACUAUUUCUCGCUUUGCAAUUUGAAAGUAUUCAGACGCCUUGACUUUUUCCACAUGUUGUUACAUUAUAGCCUUAUUCUAAAAUGGAUAAAAACAAUUUUCCCCCUCAUCAAUCUACACACAAUACCCCAUAAAAACAUUUUUGCUUUGUUAUCUUUUACAUUUUUCAAGAGAUGUUCGAUUGGGUUCAAGUCCGGGCUCUGGCUGGGCAGCCCCAAGGACAUUCAGAGACUUGUCCCGAAGCCACUCCUGCGGUGUCUUGGCUGUGUGCCUAGGGUCGUUGUCCUGUUGGAAGGGGAACCUUCACCCCAGUCUGAGGUCCUGAGAGCUCUGGAGCAGGUUUUCAUCAAGGAUCUUGCUGUACUUUGCUCCGUUCAUCUUUCCCUCGAUCCUGGCUAGUCCCUUGUUGCUGAAAAACAUCCCCACAGCAUGAUGCUGCCACCCCCAUGCUUCACCGUAGGGAUGGUGCCAGGUUUACUCCAGGCGUGAUGCUUGGCAUUCAGGCCAAAGAGUUAAAUCUUGGUUUCAUCAGACUAGAGAAUCUUGUUUCUCAUGGCCUGAGAGUCCUUUAGGUGCCUUUUGGAAAACUCCAAGUGGUUUGCCAAGAUAAAAUAAAAAAAAAUAAAGUCUAAAUAAAACAAAACAAAUAGUAAGUUUGAAUGACACUGAGGGGCAGUGUUGUCACAGCUAAUGCUGAUGCCACGCAGGUGUUUGUACAUAUGCAUAUACACACACGUGCACAUACACGGACACACACACGCAAAUAGUGCCAUACAUGCACUCAAACAUAUUCAGUUGGCCUUGCUGUUAAUAUUUUUGUUGUGCUUGAUGUCUUUUUUGUUUUUUUUAAUUGUUUUAUUCUGUUUUCUUUUGUCUUUCUCUUUUUUGUAUUUUCUUCAUUUUGUUGGUUAUUGGUGCAUUGGGGGACGGGCUUGGGGGGGACGGUGGUCUUGGGGGUGGGGAAUGGAAUUAUUCUAUUUUUCUCGGGGGGGGGGGGGGGGGGGGGGGGGGGUCUCAGGUGGUUGAGGGGCAGCUUUCGGGGAACUGGUGGGGGGAUCUUGGAGGGCUGGUGGCUUGGCGGUUGGGAGCCUGGGCCAGUGGCUGAUAGGUCGCUGGUUCGGAUCCCCGUUUUUGACCUUGUGGGAGAUCUGUCGACGUGCCCUUGAGCAGGUUGUUGACCCUGGUUGCUUCUGUGAGUCGCUCUGGAUGGGAGUCUGUUAAAUCAAAUCAAAUCAACCCUUAACCAACAGUGCAUUUAUUUUUUUAUAAAAAAGUAAAAUAAAACAACAACAAAAAAGUGUUGAGAAAAAAAGAGCAGAAGUAAAAUAAAAUAACAGUAGGGAGGCUAUAUAUACAGGGGGGUACCGGUGCAGAGUCAAUGUGCGGGGGCACCGGCUAGUUGAGGUAGUGGAAGUAAUAUGUACAUGUGGGUAGAGUUAAUGUGACUGUGCAUAAAUAAUUAACAGAGUAGCAGCAGCGUAAAAAGAUGGGGUGGGGGGGCAGUGCAAAUAGUCCGGGUAGCCAUGAUUAGCUGUUCAGGAGUCUUAUGGCUUGGGGAUAGAAGCUGUUUAGAAGUGUUUUGGACCUAGACUUGGCACUCCGGUACUGCUUAGAUGACUAAUGUGAUGUAGAUGUUGAGCGGCUUCACUGCAGGUAGAUUGUAUGUUUUAAUAUUCAAUCAUAAUAUAUGUAUUUAUUUAUUUUACUCCCAAACGGGCUGUCAUGUGCCUUUUUACUGAGGAGUGGCUUCCGUCUGGCCACUACCAUAAAGGCCUGAUAGGUGGAGUGCUGCAGAGAUGGUUGUCCUUCUGGAAGGUUCUCCCAUCUCUACAGAGGAACUCUGGAGCUCUGUCAGAGUGACCAUCGGGUUCUUGGUCACCUCCCUGACCAAGGCCCUUCUCGCCCAAUUGCUCAGUUUGGCCGGGCUGCUCUAGGAUGAGUCUUGGUGGUUCCAAACUUCUUCAAUUUAGGAAUGAUGGAGGCCGCUGUGUUCUUGGGGACCUUCAAUGAUGCAGAAAUGUUUUGGUACCUUUCCCCAGAUCUGUGCCUCAACACAAUCCUGUCUCGGAGCUCUACGGACAAUACCUUCGACCACAUGGCUUGGUUUUUGCUCUGACAUACACUGUCAACUGUGGGACAUUAUAUAGACAGGUGUGUGCCUUUCCAAAUCAUGUCCAAUCAAUUGAAUUUACCACAGGUGGACUUCAAUCCAGUUGUAGAAACAUCUCAAGGAUGAUCAAUGGAAACAGAAUGCACUUGAGCUCAAUUUCGAGUCUCAUAGCAAAGGGUCUGAAUACUUAUGUAAAUAAGGUAUUUCAGAUUUUAAUUUUUAAUAAAUUAGCAAAAACAUAUAACCUGUUCGCUUUGUCAUUAUGGGGUAUUGUGUGUAUAUUGAUGAGGGAAAAAAAGUAAUUUCAUUUUAGAAUAAGGCUGUAACAAAAUGUGGAAAAAGUCAAGGGGUCUGAAUACUUUCCGAAUGCACUGUAGGUAGGUGUUACUAGUCAAGAAGAACCAUUUUAAGAAACCAGUUCCACUUUGUAGACGCAUACUGUUGCUGGGUGAACAGACAGUGUUUCCAGUGCUCACUGGAAAUCUUGUAAUAUCAAAAUGAACAGAGUAGGUCAAACCAGAAGCAUCACAGGGCUCAGGUAGAAAACAGGAUGUCCAGCCCAGUCCCUGACUAUCUGUCACAACCUGAGAGCAAAGGCCACUAUUUUCACUAUCAGAUACAGCUGUAUAAAUGGACAUGUACAAUAUAUCCAAACAUCUCCCCUCACCAGGGAGAUACUAUCACAACAAACAGGAUGAUGCAAAGAAAAGACAGGGAUCGAGCCCUACCUAUGUUAUUAAAAAGAUAACGUGAAAAACAGGAGGGCUUGGUCCGACUUCAGACGAUUCCACGAAAAGGCCACAGACAUGUCGGUAACCGAUAGCAACCUACCCAUAUGGUAUUGUGGAAAUGAAACUCAGAACAGAGGAGUGACCUAAACAGGGCCUAUCUAUCCAGGAUGACACAACGACAGAUGGGGAGAGUGGAAACAGGGGCCUGGCGCUUGUGCUUGCAAAAACAACAAGGGAGCACGUUGGCCCUUCCGUAAGAUAUCUGGCAGCUUGGAUCCAGCUAUGCACGCAUGCAGUGGUCCGGACACAUGAAGGAACUCUGAGCAGGAUGAUCUGUAAACACUGAGCUUUGAUCCCUGGGAAGAGUCACGUCUGGAAUGCAGGGGGGUGAGGGGAAUAGCCCAGGACAUUGUGGUGGUGUCACAGGGCAGGAUAUGGAUACGGGAUUGUUGGCCCCAGGCCAUACCAUGAGUGAGUUCCUCUUUGGCACAACCACAUCUGAGUUGAUUUAUACUUUCCCCCUUUCUCAAGAUAGUACUUUAAGAGAAGAUUAUCUACCACAAGGUUUUAGGUGUUCUUGAUAUCCACUUAGAUUUAGUCGACAGCGGACUGGAAGCAAUACAUCACUUUUAUCAAGAAAAAUUGUGUUGCUUUUUUUUUUGGUUCGAGUUGCGUCUGGCGAAGUGUAAAAGGUGUCAGCAAUCCAUAACCGCAGACGCUGACAAGACCAAUGAAGUCAGCAUUUUAUUUUCUUUGAGUUACACUGCACCUUAUCAUACUGUCAGACACUGUGUGGUUGGGUUAAAGGGGAUAGCUCCCAUUGGAAGUAAAUGAAAGAUAAGUGGACAUAUUCUUACUGGGUAACUAUGAUAAUGUCAAAGGCCCGGCCACAAGGAGGCCCAGUCUACAUUAGGCAGGGCUUUCUCUCAGGAAAAAGUGCUUGUUAUAUUCUGUUACUUUUGGUGAUAAGCCUAUGCUGUUUUUGGCACAAACAGCCAAUGGCUAUUGUUAAUGAACUCUAGUCUGUAUUCCUGAACACAGCUGCUAUGGAGUAAACUUGUCACUCUGUUCAAAACGGCACUUUCUUUUUAGGAACAUUUGGCAUCUAACUUAGUUCCAUCAACAGCCUACUUUCUCCAUUAAAUAUCAUGUUACUUUUAAACUAAACAUUACGUUAUUUUCUAUCCACAGUGACGAAUAAGAAGCCGUCCCAUGUGUCCAUCACCAAGGUGAAGCAGUUCCAGGGCUCCUCGUCCUUUGCUAAGAGGUCAAUGUGGACCAUAGACCAGCUGAGACAGGUCAACGGCUGUGACCCCAACAGAGUGAGUUUACAGUACACUGAACUUCUGUCUCUAGGGAUUCAUUUUUCCUGACCACAUGACCCAGACUAUUUCAGCAGGGCAAAUUCCAAAUCAACCCCUAGCGACUGGUUCAUGAGUGCAGUCUUUUUCUAUCUCUCUUUGUUUCUAUCGUUCUGUCUCUCUUUCCAAGGACUGUCCGGAGUUUGACUUGGUGUUCGACAAUGCCUUUGACCAGUGGGUGGCUGGUUCGGCCGGUGAGAAGUGCACCUUUAUCCAGAUCCUCCACCACACCUGCCAGCGCUACAGCUCUCAGAGCAAGCCAGAGUUUGUCAAUUGUCAGCCCAAACUGCUGGGAGGUAAGAGACAUAGUGACAAGAAACAUCAUCGCUUUCGCUAA